AUGAUCGCUGCAACCCGUUUCGGUACUGGCGACGCUGCUGCGAUAAUGGCGGCGGGGAACGCGGCGACGGCGGCGGCUUUUGGCGGUCGAGCCGCGCGCGACGACCGCGCCGACGCAGCAGCAGCGCUUGCGGCGGUGGCGGCGAGGGGCGCAGCCUUCAAGCCGUCGCCUUUGCCGCUAUCGGCGGAAGCGGAGAAGCCUCAAGGGGCGCGAGAGCCGACGGGGGACAGCGCGAUCGGCGCGGAGGCCGGGGCGACGGGAAGCUACUCCCGCUGGUGGUCCCCCGAGGAGGAUCUGAUCUUAUUGGACCACGUGCGCAGCUACGGCACGCGGCACUGGGGCGUGCUCAAGGCGUCCGGGCGGCUGCCGCACCGCGACAACAAGGCCUGCUGCAACCGCUUCAUCCUCCUUAAGAACUCCACCCUUCAACCUCUCGCCCUCUCACCUCCCCCCUCCCCUCCCACGCCCCCCCCUUUCCCCCCCUUCUCCCCUCCCCCCCUCACCCACUCACCCCCUCACCUCCCAACUCUCCUUUCUCGCCGCUCCACUCCUUCUCUCACCGCGCGCUACUUGGACCAAGAAGGCGCGCCAGUCUACCACAGCCUUACCCAGCCGCUAUCUCAAGGACUCACCCCAGCUCUCCGAUCAGCGCACAGCCAAUCUGAGCUGUCCAUUCUCUCCCCCACGUCUCCCCAUGGCACCACCGCCACCACCGCCACUGCCUUGUCCUCCCCUGCUGCGAUUAGUACCAGCCAUCAGUCCUUCGUUCACCUGCACAACCCUCGCGGUUACCUGGUUACCAGCUCUCCGCAAACCGGCCCUGCUGUUGCUGCUGCUGCUGCUUCUGCUGCUGCUGGUGCUUCUUCCGUUGCUGCUGUUUCGGCUGGGCAGCCUCGGGGGUUGCCUGUCCCUGCAGGUUCGGAUCCCGGACCUACUGCCGAGCCUGCUGGUGGUGCUGGCGGUUCGGCAGUGCGUGCUGGGCUAAGCGCGGCUUUUAGUAAAGCACCUGAGGCGGUGGAAGAGGAGUUGCGCGGGCUGGCGCUUACUGCAGGGGGCAAGUGGGAGGAGAGGGAGGGGGGGCUGGCGCAUGGGGGGAUGCCGCAUGGGGGAAUGGCGCAUGGGGGGAUGGCGCAUGGGGGAAUGGCGCAUGGGGGGAUGGCGCAUGGGGGGUUGGCGCAUGGGGGGAUGAUGGAUGGGGGGGGGAUGGAUGGGGCGAUGGUGGAUGCUAUGUGGGAAGCUUAUCAUACCGGUGGUGGUAUGAUGCAUGGUGAAGCGAUGAUGGGUGGAGCGAUGACGGAUGAAGGGAUGAUGGAUGGAGCGAUGAUGGAUGAAGCGAUGGGUGUUGCAGGGUUGGGUGUUGCAGGGAUGGGUGCGGCAGGGAUGGGUAUGAUGGGGCGGGAUGGCAUGGCAGGCUUGCAGAGCACGCAGCAGGGCAUGGAAGGGGAACAGGCAGCAGCACGUGGCAUGUGGAUGGGCGGCAGUCACGCAGGCGCCGGGAGCAUGGGGAGAGGGAGGGCGAGCGCAGUGGGGGUGAGCGGGCAUGCAGGGGGGGUGGGCGCGCAUGCAGGGGGGUUGGGCGCGCAUGCAGGGGGGGUGGGCGCGCAUGCAGGGGGGGUGGGCGCACAUGCAUGGGCGGUGGAGCGCGCCAUUCGAGAGGGGCUGCGCCCACACGCGUCCACGUCGUUCAAGACCGCUGCCAGAAGAAAAAUGGCGCCACACUCCCCGUCGUUCUCCGGUUCACCGCACUCACACGACCCGGCCUUCAUUCGCCGAAUGGCUGACUUCUUCCGCCUCCCCGCGCCCCCGCCUGCUGCUGCCGCUGUCAUUGCCGCUGCUGGUGGUGCUGAUGCUGCUGCCACCACUUCACCCGCUGCUGCUGCUCGUGCUGCUGGUGGUGGUGCUGGUGCUGCUGGUGCUGCUGGUGCUGCUGCUGGUGCUGCUGGUGCUGCUGGUGCUGGUGCUGCGGGUGUGGCUGGUGCUUCUGCCGCCACCACCUCUGCAAGCUCUGACUCAAACUCACCUGAGAAUUCACCUGGAGGGGCACCUGAGAGCCGUGCAGGACUGGAGGGGAAAGAUGCGACAUCAGAGGAACACCAGCAGCAGCAGCAGCAGCAGCAGCAGCAGCAGCAGCAGCAGCAGCAGCAGCAGCAGCAGCAGCAGCAGCAGCAGCGUCAGCAGCAGCGACAGGAGGAGGAACAAGCAAUGAAAGCAGCAACGAACCUGGACAGGCUCCAAAUCAAUAGCGGCCAUAACCCACAUCAGUCUCACCACUCUCAACCGCUUCACACUCCUGUGGAAACAGUCAAGACCAACCUGUUAUCUCGGAUCCCAUCUGGGUCCUCUGCUGCUGCCCUUCCUGUUCGCACCUCGGUCCAAAACGAGCUGACCACUCGGCUGUUUGACGCUCUCAGCCAAUCGCCACCUUCCGUGGAAACGUUUUCAGCUGCCCAGAAAAUGAGUCAUGCACUCCAAGCGGCUGCAGGGGCAGGUGCAGCAAGGUCGGUGCCACGUGCCCUCUUCUUCUCCUCCUCCCCCAGCCCCAUCCCUGUCUACCAGCCGAUCAUGGUUCCCCACACAGCCUUGGCGCAGAGCCACACCAUGCACCCGGACCAAACAAUGCUGCCGAACCAGAACAUUCUGCCGAACCAGAGCAUGCUGCCGAACCAGAGCAUGCUGCCGAACCAGAGCAUGGUGGGCGGGGGCAUGCUGCCGCAGCAAGCCAUGCUGAUGAACCAAGCCAUGCUGCGGAGUAAAGGCAUGGUGGGGCAGCAGGGGAUGAUGGCACAGCAGGGCAUGAUGGGGCAACAGGUCAUGAUGGGGCAACAGGGCAUGAUGGGGCAACAAGGCAUGAUGGCACAGCAUGGCAUGGUGAUGCUGCCACAAAGCAUGCUACCGAGUCAGGCAAUGGUGCUGCCCCAAGGCAUGGCGAUGCAGAAUCAAAUGAUGCUGCAAGAAAUCCUCCCCCCCUACGCCUCUUCCCUUGCUGCUGCUGGUGCUGCUACCACCGUCGCUGGUGGUGGUACUACUGAUGGUGCUGCCGAUCCCGAUGCCACCAGCUCUGCUGCUCACCUUGUCCCCGGCUCCCUCCCCUCCUGGUGGAAGGAAAGUCUUCCAGUGGUACCACCCACCAUGCACUCUCAGGGGGCUGCAAGAGGCAAGGUGGGGAGACGGACGGGCGCUGGUGGGGCUGCAGGCGUGGCAGGCGUGGCAGCACCAGGUGGCGUGACAGAGUGUGCAGGCAUGCAGAGGGCAGCGGCCGGUGCUGUGGCAGCCGGUCCUAAGGAUGAUGUGUUGAAUAAGAUGGAGAAAAAUAUGGAUGAGAAGGCACACACAUCUGCAGUAGAAGGUGGAGGUGUGGCAGGUGGUGUUGUGACUUGUGAGGGCAGAGCAGGGGCGAUGGAGCAUGCGGGCGUGGAGGAUCAUCGAGAUGAGGACAUGUGCAUGGUGCUAGGGCAGGCAGGAGACGAGGGGCAUGGAGGUGGUGAUGCUAUGAGGGCAGCUGAGGCAGCGUGGCAGGGAGGGGACGAGGCAAUAAUGCAGACUGCGUGGUGGGAUGCAGCAGCAGAAGCAGCAGUGGCAGCAGCUGCAGCGGCAGGAGAGGAGGGAGAUGCAUGGAUGCCUUUUGACUUCUGCCCUGACCCCUCCACUCCGCCAAACCUCACUGAUUGA